UGCCCGAUGCCUAUUUUAGUCAAAAGCUCCGCUCAGGGGCCGGCGAGUGCUUCGCGCAGCCUCUUCUAGCAGGCGCAGAAGAGCCAGAGGGCGCCCCCGGAGGAGCUCCCGCCGGCAGCGAAAUUCUGGAGAAGGAAGGCGCCCCCAAAGCGAGAGGCGCGCGCAGUGGCCCUUUGUGAGGAAAGCCAGCAGUGCAUUUGACAGUCUGGAUAAGUGCUUAUCAGCUGCCUUCAUUUCCUCAGAUCCCUUCGGUUGGGAGCUGGAGAGACUCUUCCUGCUGUUACUCUGGGUUUCGCUCCAUUUCAAAUACAACCUUUCUUAAGUAUCUGCUUAUAUAUAGGGCUUUGUUUCCAGUCCCCUGAUCAUCCUUGUUGCCUUCCUCUGAAUCCGUUCCAGUUUGCUGUGGAGGGUUCAAUAUUGGGACUUACUUAAGACUUGUGAUGCUGUGCAGGGAUAAAUAUUUAAUGAAGGCAACUUCAAGAUAAACCCCACAGAAGCUAAUUCAAGCAUGAUGACACCUUUGACUUUCAGCCCAGAUGUCAGAAAUGCCACUGCUGUGCCUUUGAAUGAAACUGUGUGUGAAAACUGGAGAGAGAUUCAUCACCUAGUGUUUCAUAUGGCCAAUAUUUGUUUUGCCGUUGGAUUGGUUAUUCCAACCACUUUCCAUCUUCAUAUGAUUGUCCUACGAGCUAUGGUAAUAUUAGGUUGUACACUAUUCAUUAUCUGGGCAACGCUAUUCCGUUGUGCUGUGGAUAUAAUGAUCUGGAAUACAGCAUUCCUUGUUAUCAACCUUCUGCAUUUUAUAUAUUUGCUAUACAAGAGAAGACCGAUAAAGAUAGAUAAAGAGCUCAGUAGUCUAUAUAAGAGAAUGUUUGAACCACUUCAUGUGCCUCCAGAGCUGUUCCAAAGAUUGACAGGACAAUUCUGCAAUAUUCAGACGCUAAAAACAGGUCAAGCAUAUGCUGCAGAGGACAAAACAUCAGUGGAUGAUCGAUUAAGCAUCCUGUUAAAAGGAAAAAUGAAGGUCUCCUAUCGAGGGCAUUUUCUGCAUAAUAUUUACCCCUGUGCCUUUAUAGAUUCUCCUGAAUUUCGAUCAACCCAAAUGAAUCGGGGUGAGAAGUUCCAGGUCUCCAUUACUGCUGAUGAUAACUGCAAAUUCUUAUGCUGGUCCAGAGAGAGACUUACAUAUUUUCUGGAAUCUGAGCCAUUUCUCUUUGAAAUAUUUAAAUACCUUAUUGGAAAAGAUAUUACAAACAAGUUAUAUUUGUUAAAUGACCCAACCCUAAAUGAUAAGACGUCCCAAAAAAUCGAUCGACAGCCCAGUUUGUGCUCGCAAGUUUCUGUGAUGCAAAUGAGAAACAGCAUGGCUAGCUCAAGUGAUGGUGAAGAUGGCUUGCAACAUUUUCUCCGUGGGACUUCCACAGCCUCUUCCCUUCGACAGCCGUCUCCUUGUUUAAGAACAUCUGCAAAAAUGAAACCAAUAGAAGAAAGCGUGGAGGAUGAUGUCUUUGAACUCCCAUCAGCCACAUCACUUAAAGUUCACCAGUGAUCUUGUGGGGCAGAAUGUCAGUGAACUGCACGGGAGAAUCAAAAGUGGGCCAGACACAGAAAACAUGUUGAUGAAAUUGUCAAAGCUCAGAAGAUUACACUUUGAUUUUUUAAAUAUGUAUUUUUGGCCACAUUCAUUAAAAAAAAAAGCUAUGAGUGAACGUUUGGCCAUAUUACCUGAAAAUAAAUAAUGUUUGUUUCAGUGGGACCUUUCAGUCGAACUUGGUUUUCAGUUAUAUUUCAGCAAACGAAAUAGCUUCAUAUGGAAAGCAGUGCCAUUAAAAGCUGCUGUUUUUAUUUUGGCCUUUUUAGCCAAUAAACACAGCUUUAAUUAACACAAUUGUGGGAGUUAGAAGUGCAGUAAUGGGCUAUAACUCUGCUGCUGCACUUGCAGAGGCAUAUACUCCAUCUGCCUAAUAAUGCUUUGACAGCACGAGGGUACCUGUUGGGUGGGUAAGGGAAGGGAGUGGUCUGGACUGAGUCUGCUCCUAUCUUCUCCUGUCCUGCCUAAAAAUAAUAAGAUUGAGCACUGUCAAAGCUACAACAUUUAAUCAUUUAUUGUCUACUGUGCCACAAUCACACUGGGUGUUUGGGAGAGAUAUAGGGAUUGCCCCACUAUGUCCUAGCUACCUUUUUGUGCUGAUGUGGGGGUUUGUUCUUGAGCAGCAGCAUACUCUUAGUCAUGGCAGUCUCUUAGUGGAAUGGUACAAAUAAUAUUGCAAUCACAAAGAUAAUUUUUUUUUGACCACAUGAAAUGUUUAGGAGUGGUGCAACAGUUGUUCAAACAAGUGGUGCCUACUAUAACUGGACCCAAGGUUUGAAGUAUUAGCAGUUUAAAAGACUACAGUAAAGAGACUUGCAGUGUUAUACCAUGUUAAUUGAGUUCAAUGGGAUUUACUUCCAGGUAAAUCAUUAGUGCCUGAUGUGGUUGAGCAGAGCCACACGGCUUAAAUUCGUAUCAAACCAUUAAAAUCAGUGUCAGUUUGCCAAUGGUUUCAUUGGGAUGUUAGCCAAUGGUGGGGAACCUGUGACCUUGCAGAUUGUUGGACAACAAUUCCCAAAAUCCCUGACAUUCAUCAUACUGGCUAAGGCCAAUUUGAAGUUGGUUGUCCAACAGCACCUGGAGGCCCACAGAAUUUGCAUCACUGUUACAGGUUGUACUUAGUUGUGUGCAAACAACAUUUUACAUGUGAUUAUGUUACACUCCUAAGAACAGAAUCCAUCCAGUACUACUAUUCACUGGGGCUUUGGAUAAACAGAUUUAUUGGCAUUAGUGAUAAAUUGCAAUCUGUAGAGACAGUGAUGCAGUACCCUUUUGAUUCCAGCUGCAUCAGUAAUAAAAUGGGCAUAAAAUGAGUGUAUUUUUGCCAAAAGGUGGGAUAGGAAUAAACUAUAAUAAUAAUAUUAAUAAUAAACAAUAAUAUAUGAUAAUAUAGGAAUUUCUUCAGCCAAAGUUAAGCACUUCCAUUUAUUUAAAAUGGAAAAUAUUAAGCAUGUGCUUAACUACCAUUGAAUUUUAGCUUGAUUUUUAAUGUUAUCUUUGUGGUUUUCUAAGUUGGAUGUUACAAACAUUUGUAAUUGCAAACAUCUUAAUCAAAAGACUACAAAAGUAGAAUAUGGUCAUUAGCAGAGGUCUCUAAUUUAAGUAGCAAAGCAGUCCUACAUGGUCGGGGGAAGAAGUUGCCAUGGUGGAGAGAAACCAUGAAGUCAUGACUGACUUGUGCCAGCAGGGCAGAAGGAAGGGUGGUAUUCCUCUCUCCCUCUUUCAACUUUGGUGACACUAAAAUAAUCACUCCCAUUAGGCCCAAUGGGAGGAAAAUAACUACACCAGCCCUGGGCUGGCAUGCUUUCAUCUCAAUUGCAGGAGCAUGCCAGGGGAUCAGCAAGGCUGUGUAUCCAGGAGAUCCAAAGUGGCCUUGAUUCUCCCCCCAGAACACCUCCUUUCACUGUCUGCCAGUGGAGGGCCAACAAUGAAGGAACAACAGUGGCUGAAGCUAUGAGGGAGAUCACAACAAAGAAGAUCUGCGAAAUCCCAUUGCUGCUGGGCCCUCCCAUCCAGGGACUACAAGAUUGCACCUUACAUAUAUCUUUAAUAGGUUGCAUACUUUACACAAUUGAAGAUUUUAAGAAAUAUGAAGUUCAGCAUUAAAAUCUCAUAUCCAAUUUUUCAAAUAACUCCAUGGUUAGAAUGUUGGACUACGACCUGGGAGACCAGGGUUUGAAUCUCACAUAGCCAUGAACCUCACUGGGUGACCAUGGGCCAGUCACUGCCUCUCAGCCUCAGAGGAAGGCAAUGGCAAACCCCCUCUGAAUACUGCUUACUAUGAAAACCCUAUUCAUAGGGUCGCCAUAAGUCGGAAUCAACUUGAAGGCAGUCCAUUUCCAUUUUGUCAGGAGGAGCCUUAUUGACACAGGUGCUUCUUGUUAUGUAAAGCAGUUAGAAUUGCACCUUUGCUAAAAUGAUUCCUUAGGGAAGCACUGCUUUCCAUUAUGGUUCUAUUAACACUUUAAAAUAAUAAAUGUGGCUUGACUAGAUUAGGCAAAGUGGUCUGUAUAAGAACAGUUAUGAGCUUAGUGUGGUGCAGUUAUAAUUUACCAUUAAGUUGAUGCUGCAGAUGUGACACAAUCUGUUAACUGGAAUAAAGAUUUUGAAAACUAUAUAU